AUGGCCGCGGAAAAGAGAAAGAUUGCCAUCAUUGGCGCUGGACCGGUCGGCUGCGCCUUUGCAGUACAUCUUGUGAAGGCCGGACACGAAGUCGCAAUCGUAGGUCGAGGCCAGAGACUUGCAAGUCUCCAGGCAAAUGGCGGUGUUCUCACGAAGAAAUCGGAGAAAGCGACGGAGAUCUCGAAGACUCCUGUGGUCGCCGUCGGAUCCCUCGACACCGUACAACCCUGGGACCUUGUCCUCUUGACCGUUACCGAGCACCAAUUUGAUGAGCAAUUAUUCGCUACGCUCAAGGCAUGUCCAACGUCAACCGAGAUUCUAUUCAUGUUCAACACUUUUGCAUCACUUAGCGGAUACUUCGACGUUUUAGGAAAGGAACGCUGCAUUAUAGGAUUUCCGGCGAUCAUGGCCUGUUUCUACGACGGAGCAUUGGUGCACCAAUUUGUGAACUUCGGCCAGAUUACUAUUGUCUCAUCACCCGAAUGGCGCUCUAUCUUCUCCUCGGCAGGGAUUAAGUGUGUCCACGAGCCUGAUAUGCAGAGCUGGCUACGCACACAUGCCGCCAUCGCCGUUGGUGUCAUGAGCGCGACCGUUGCGGCUGCCAAGAGGAAAUCGGGAGUGACAUGGGCAGAAGCAAACCUCAGUGCCGAGGCGGCUAAGGAAGGGCUUGCGCUGGUCCAAAAGCUGGGGAAUAGUGUCACGCCCAAAUUAAUAUACUAUCUUGGUGUCGCGGCGCCGAGUUUUGUGCUCACCGGGCUGCUUUGGGUUUUGACGAGAGUAUCGAGUGUGCGCAAUAACCCCCAAGUACUGCCGAAGUGGGAACGAGAGAUGCUUGGUUUGGCGGAAAGCAUUAUUGCAGCAGCGCCUGAUAAAGACGAGGUAAGACUAGUUAGCCAGCUUCGGGGGAAGUAUGCAUAA